AAAUAAGAAAAGAAGAUAAAAUGGAUAAAAAAAAGCCAAAUUCCAAAACGGUUAAAAAACCAGCUAAACCGGGCAAAGCUACCAACGAUACCAAUCGUAUGCAGCUGAUCUCCGAGGAGGAAUGGAAAACGCGCGAGCUUCGUCACCAGCAACGGCUCCAGGAUAUCAGAAUAUGCCUGGGCUUCAUAGCUGAGUCCAUAUCGGACUAUAAGGAGCUGCUGGUGGAGCAGAGCCAUGCGACACAUUGGAAUCGUUAUAUGGACUGCGAUGGCCUGCCCCGGGUGCAGUAUCCGCCGGAGAUACGCUGCAUGAUUGCCGAGAUGCGGCACUUUGAGACCAAGGAUGUUGAGUCUGUGGUCAAUUGGGCUCUGUCCGUCGACGAGAAAAGCGUCCUCAGUCAGGACAUAUUCCGCACCGAUCUGACGCGCAAAACGCUCGAACAGAACCUUCGUCCCAACAUUGGUCAGAUUUACGAUAACUAUGUGCAGCGCAUUCUCACAACUCUCGAUCGCAUCGAGCUGUUGCUGGCCAGCGACUAUGACAUGGACGAUCUGCCCGCUGAUCGGGCCAUGGAAAUAACAUCACUGCGUAGUGAACUGAACGAGGAAAUCGACGUGAUCUUCGACAAACUGACCUAUCGCAUCGUCUGUGCGCCGAGCUCCUACCGAACCGCAUUUGAUGGGGUAACGGAAACCUAUUGCUACGAGAGCGCCAAUUACAACUUUCAACUGUGGUGGCUGAGCGAUGUGCCGAUUCGCUUCCAGUAUUUGGAGCUACCCCUAAUGCUGGCCGAUCUAAACUGUGUGGGCAUCAAAAUACAAAUACCGAUUAGUGUGCUUGGCGACAAUCUGACCCUGCGCUGCAUACACACCUUCUUCGAUCCUUACUCGGAGGGCGCCAAGAGCUAUGAACAGGUGAUCGAUAGGCCGACAGAUAAUUUUAACGGUGGCAUGAUGGACAUUGAGGAUUGCCUGAUCAACGAGUGGCUGAUGCAGGUGAAUAUUAUGGAAAACAUUAUAACCCAAGUGGAAACGAAGCUAAUCGAGUAUGAGGAGUAUCAGAGAGAUAUGGAGAUAAAGGCAGCCGCAUCCAAGACGAAAGAAACUGAUAAAACUAAAAACAUAAACAAGAAGUCGUCUAAUCGACCAUCGCCUAAAAUGAAGGCAUUAAAGGAGCCGGAACAACUUCCGCAGGGCAUGUUUCCCGAUCCGCAUAACGCAUUUCUGGAGCAGGAACAGCGCGAAUUCGAGGAGUUUCUCGACGAGUUCCUAAAUCCAGCGAACAUGCACCUGAAGCCAUACGAGGUCAAUUUGCGACGUUACAGUAUACUGGGUGGACUCUAUUCGCUGAUCUUUGUGCAGAAGCCCAAGCACACGGACUUUCAAAAGUUCAAUGUAACCCUGCAUGAAGAUGGACGCAUUCUGCGUACCUUGGAGGAGGUCCGUGCGGAUGUGGGAGAGGAUGGUGAGGAGGGCAAUUAUAUGACAGGGUCGCGUACCCAUUCCGUGCGGUACACCUCAACAUCGUCGCAUAAAAUUCGUCUGAACUUUGCCCAGGCCCUGGAGGAUCCCGAACUUGGGCAAUUUCAGCUGAAAGCGGACGAGAUACCCUAUUUCUGUAUGACCUUUAAGCUGCCAGAGCAUUUGUGCAGAUUUGGCGAGCCGCUUGCCUGCCAGUUCAUCGAAGAGGAGAUCGAGGAGGAUGAGACGGAGCACCUGAUAACAGUUGACCUUGAAGAGCAUCGAAUUAAGAGAAAGAAAUCGAUAAAAAAAAAUAGCCCUAGAAUCCCGAUUGGGAAGGCAGCAGCUGCUGAGGGCAAGGAGAAAGGCAGGAAUAUAAGUAGGAAGACUGUUAGAAGAUCAGUGGAUCUCAUAAAUAUUUUGUCGAGACCCAGGCAGUCGAACAUUAUACCAAGGAACCCAAACCCAAAGAAUAUAUAUCGUCGCUCUAUCCUUAGCAUGCUACGUCUGAGCUCCCUGCGGUCCUCAAUGCUGCCCGGCGUACAUUUUCGAAACUUUCCGGUAACAGGCAGGCCGCUAACCAAUAUGCAAGCACGCGAUCUGCAGCGGCAUUGCCUGCCUCGGAUUUUGUCCUCCUUCAAGUUUCCCACGGAGUUUCGAUCGGAUCGAACCGAAGAACUGGCCGAAAGAGCAGCUGCGCGCGGCUGCAUUCUAAUACGGCGACACGUUACGGACACAACAAAGCACGACGAAGAAGAGAAGCCGGAGUACUUUAAUUUUGAGAAGCAGGAAGCACCCGAAAGACUUUACCCCGUUUUUGACUGGCGCGAGCGAUUGAUGCUUGAAGAAUCCUCUUCGAGUGAGUCGUCGUCAGAACUUGAAGGCGGGAUCAAAAUCAAGUUUGUCAAAGUCGAUCAAAUAAGCGAUGUUGUUAAAGCGGAUGACCCCGAGAAGCUAACCAUCUAUGGCGUCAUCAACACUCUACAGGAUAUCCAAGAUAAGUACAAGAAACAACCAAAGAAACUCAUGGAGCAGCCCAAUUUUAACGUAAAAGGCCUUCCUCAAGCCCGGCGCCAGGAAAUUGAAAUGCCUGAGACCGUGCAAACUGGUCGCACCAAAUCCACAGUUCACGUCUCCAUGGUCGGUAGUAGCAAAAUAAUUACACCGUCAAAGUCCGCACGCCAAUCUCACGGCCGAACCUCCGCCAUGGCUCCGGAUAUCGAUAGCGAGACAGUCAGCAUAAACUCAGGCAUCGUUGCCUUCCGUCCGAACAUGAGAAAAUCGAAUAUCGAAUCAUAUGACUACGAUAAGGAAUCGCUAAAGGAGCUACCCAAAGUUAAGCACUGGACAACCAAGUAUAUAAAUCGCACCGUAUUCGAGCCAGAGAAUUUUACGAUCAAGAUCCAGACAGAUCGAUUGGGCAUUUUUGGUUUUGCCUACAAGCGCUACGAGCAGUUUCCCUUUCGCGAUUGGACCUUGCAGUAUAACGAAGAGGACAACAACGAGAUCAUCUUUAAAUUGGACACAUUCCAUGUACGCGUGUAUCUGUAUAUAACUAAUGUCGGCAUACGGGGCUAUGUGACGAAACUAACCACCGAGUAUACGGCUAGGCCAGUCAAGUAUUUGGAAAUCACGGAACCCAUAUCCGACUAUCGGGAGCUACGCAGGCGCUUCUGCGAGAAGAACAUCAAUAUAUUUGCGGAGCACGAUGCCUGCUAUUAUAUUGAGAAUGGUUACUUCUCGGAGAAGCAUCUGGCGACCGAGUUGCAUGUCUACGAUGCAUUUGCCAUCCACUGCAAGCUGAUAAAGUUCUAUCGCUGCGAUUGGAAUCGUUUGGCCACACGGCGCAAUAUUGUGCUCUGUCUGCGGAAUCCGAAGGACUUAAAUGAAGGUGCGGAUGUCACCGUGCGGGUAACGCCAGAUAAUUCAACAUUUGUGGAAGUCUCUGAACCGUGCUCGGAUAAUUUGGAUACAAUCAAGCUCGACUAUCAGCUCACCUGGCGCAACAUUGGCGUCUACUCGGAUGUGCAUCAGCUGAUUAACUCAAUGUAUCCCCAGGCAACAGAUGUGCGAAAUCGUGAUCCCAAAUUGAUCUACUACAUACGCACACUAUUCACCGAGGUCCGACCCUUAAGUUUCUCCUAGGGGACGACCAGCUCAGAUUGAAGCUCAGAUGAUGCUCAGAUCCUGCCAUGUACAUUCGAUAAAAAUGCAUUCGCUUCUCCAAUUGACAUCAAUUAAAACCAAUUUGAAGAAAAA